AUGUCCGAGGAAUCUAAACCGAACUAUCUAUACAAAAUCAUUUCAUCCUCCACUCCCAUCCCUGACAUUGGCAAUCUACCUGACGCUCUGCCCGUUAGUGAUACCGAUCAGGCCUCUGGAUUCAUCUUUCUCUCCACUGCUCCACAAGUACCCGGCACUCUCCAAUUCUUCUUCAAGGAUGAGCCACGCGUUUAUGUCCUUCGCAUAGCUUACACCCGUAUCGAGGAACAGAUCAAGUGGGAGGAUUUCAUAGGGGAAGUCAGUGGACUGCCCGGCGAGGAGGGGAUGUUUCCGCACUUGUAUAAUGACUUCAAGUUAGGGAAGGGAGAGGUCGAGAGAGUUGAGACUUUGCAGAAGGGAGAGGACGGUUGGAACCAAACAGUCUAUAAUGCUUCGGCAGAUUGGCUUGUUUGGUAG